AUGAAGAAUCUUUGGCCGCACCCCUCCAACGUCAACACCCUCGCUACCAAUCCGCGAUUCUCCCUCCCCGUUGGCGCAUCUACAUCCAUCCUCGCCGUCCCAUCUUCGCCCCAGACCAACACGCGCGAGCGCGUCGGUUCCGGGGCCGCGCCCGCGUCGCCCUACGUGCCGACCGUGCGCCGGUCCUCCGUCUCCAUGCGCAGGAGAAGCGGGUCGGCCGCGCUCGACGAGGAGGGCGGCCUCACCAUCGGCACCGACGAGGAGAGCGACACGGCCACCGACGAGAAGCGCAGCUCACGAAGGCCGCGGGAGAAUGGGACCACCAGCAGUAGCAGUAGCAGCAGGGACAAGGAGAAGGACGGAAGCAGCAGUAGGGACAAAGAGAAGGAGAAGGACGGGAGCAGCAGCAGCAGGGACAGCUCACCGGCGUCGCGUGGUGGCAGCAGCGGCAGCAGCAUUCGCCAGCGCAACCCGGACAAGCGCAGGAGCAGCCUCGUCAUCGUACAGACGUCCAAGGGUGGAGGUGCGACGACCGACGACGACAACGACGACCGGCGACGGACUACCGAGCGUGACCGCGGCGAGAGGCGCAAGGAGCGUGAGCCGUCGUCGUCGAGCAGCAGCAGCAGCAACGGCAAGUCCGGCAGCCAGAUCGUGCGAGAGAAGGACAGCAGCACGAAGGAGAAGGACUCGCGGGGUCCGAGAUCGCACCGCAGCGCCCGGGGCGAAAAGGAAAGGGACGGCGAGAAGGAGAUCACCAAGUGGCUCCACGCCAUCCGGCUCCCCAUUGAAUACGCUCAACUCCUCCUUGCGGACGGAUUCGAUGACCUCGAGACGGUGAAGCUGAUCACGGACGACGAGAUGCGGCAGCUGGGCAUUGCCAAGACUGGGCACCGGAAGCGCGUGCUGUACUGGAUCGAGUGCCAGCGCAACGGCACUGGGUCGGGCAUCAUGCGCGACACCGACAGCGAUAAGGACGACUCCCGCAGCGACGUGGCCACGGACAGCGACAAGGACAGCACCGACAGCCACAAGGACUCCAAUAAGGACCAGGGCAAGCGCAAGCGCAAGGCGAAGAAGGGGAGCGGGGAUACCAAGGCGAAGGAUAAAGAAAGCAACACCACCACCAGCAGCAGCAGCAGCAGCAAGGCGCAGCAGGCGAUGAUGUCGCCCCGCGCGAGCGAGCCGGCCUUCUCGGUGGCCACGCUCUCCACAGAGCCGGCCGUGGUGGUGGACAAGGUGCUGCCGCUUCCGGCCUCGUCGCCGUUCGAGAGCCAGUUGCGCGCCGCGCCCACGAGCUCGCUGUUCAUGUCGGGUUCGUCGAUACCCAUCGCCAGCAGCGGCAAGAAGACAACGCCGUCCAGGCACAGGGACAUUGAAGCCCACCGAGGAGUCUCCUUCUACGGCGAGGAAUUCGUCGCGCAAGAGGAAAAGAACGAAGCGUCCAACGGCGAAGUCACGUCCUCCGAGGAGAAGAAGAAGGGGAGGAAGGCCAAGAAAGAAGCGGCGGCGAGUAUGGCGGAGGACUCGGGAAGCGGUAGUGCGGGUGGUCUACAGAGCUACGAUCUGAGGCGAAAGGAGCUGACGGCGGUGCCGUCCAACGUGUGGGAGAUGAAGAACCUCAGCGUGCUCAAUCUCUACAUGAACAAAAUCGAGAGCCUGCCGCCAGAUCUCGGUAAAUUGACCAAGUUGAAGGCCUUGGGGUUGAACGAAAACAGCCUACGGACUCUGCCCAACGAGCUGGGACAGCUGACAUCGCUCACCAUGCUCGAUCUGAGGUACAACAAGCUCACCGAGCUGCCGGCGACGAUCAAGCACCUCGUGCACCUCAACAAGCUCUUCCUCCGGUACAACCGACUCGAGCAGCUGCCCGAGGAGAUCGGCUGUCUCGUGUCGCUCGAGAUGCUGAGCGUGCGCAACAACCAGCUGCACAAGCUGCCGCGCAAGCUCAGCAUGGCCACCAACCUCAAGAUCCUGGAUAUUUCCACCAACCACCUCACCAAGUUCAGGUCGGUCGAAAAGCUGUGCCAGCUGAAGGACCUCGAUCUCAAGCAGAACAAGCUGACUACGCUACCGGACGGCUGGGGCGCGCUCACCGACCUCAUGCGGCUCGACGUCUCGCAGAACAAACUGGAGGAGUUCCCCGUGACCAUCACCGAGCUCCCGCGCCUUGAGACCCUCGACUUAGAAGCCAACCAAUUGACAGUUCUUGCGCCUGAGAUCGGCAACAUGACCUCGCUCCGCAGUCUGUAUCUGGGUCGAAACAAACUCAUCGCGCUCCCUGCCGAGUUGGGCAUGCUUACAGGUCUUCGGGAACUGCACCUGAAGGGCAACCGGCUCAAGGCGAUACCGCCGGAGCUGAGCGCGCUCGUGAACCUGAAGCACCUCGACCUGUCCACCAACGAGUUCCAGACCUUCCCCGACGCGCGGUGCUUCCCUCCGGCGCUCAACUCCCUCAACAUGUCCGACAACCAGAUGAAGAGGUUGUCCAACCAAAUCGGCGCGCUCACGACGCUGAAGCAGCUCAACCUGGACGAAAACCAACUCGACCGGCUGCCUGGAGAGAUCUCGCUGCUGACCGGACUCACCGAGCUGCGCGUGGGCUACAACGAGCUGCUCACACUGCCUCACGAGAUUGGAGACAUCUCCCUGAUCAAACAGCUGCACCUGGAGCACAACAAAAUGGUGGAGCUGCCCAAGUCGAUCGGCAACCUCUCUGCGCUCGAACUGUUCGUCGUGACGGACAACCUGCUCAACGAUCUGCCCAACGAGAUGGUCAACAUGACCUCCCUCUCCGAGCUCAAAGUCGACGGCAAUCCCUUCGACAACCUCCCGGCUGCCGUGCGAGGGGCCGGCGGACGCGACACCUACAACUUUGUCCUCAAACGAGCUGCCAAGAGCGCCCACAAGAAGCAAGAGAAGAAGACGCGAAAGAAGUGA